UUUCGAUCACCGUCAAAUUCGAAGUCAUUUUCGUCUCACCGUCUGGCUGGAUUUGCUUUCACAUGAUAAAUAUGGGAUUUAGAUCAAUAGUUUCCUUUGUCUGAGUGAAUCUACCGGUUUCAAUCAAGAUGGAUAACUACCAUGUGCUGGAGUUGAUUGGUGAAGGAUCUUUCGGCAAAGUGUACAAAGGGAGACGCAAAUAUUCUGGCAAGGUGGUCGCACUGAAAUUCAUUCCAAAACUUGGACGAAGCAAAAAGGAUCUUGAGAAUUUGAUGAAGGAAAUUGAGAUUAUGAGAGGUCUUCACAAUGAAAACAUCAUUGAGAUGUUGGACAGCUUUGAAACAGAAAAAGAAGUGGUUGCCGUGACAGAUUACGCAGAAGGAGAACUUUUCCAGAUUCUUGAAGAUGAUGGUAACCUACCAGAAUGCCAGGUUCAAGUAAUUGCAGCCCAGCUGGUAUCGGCUUUGCACUAUCUCCACUCCCAUAGGAUCCUACAUAGGGAUAUGAAGCCCCAGAACAUUCUACUUGGCAAGGGAGGGAUCGUCAAACUUUGUGAUUUUGGUUUUGCACGAGCCAUGAGCUUGAACACACUGGUGCUCACCUCAAUCAAGGGGACACCAUUGUACAUGGCACCGGAGUUGGUCGAGGAAAAGCCAUAUGAUCACACAGCUGACCUCUGGUCCUUAGGCUGCAUUCUGUAUGAACUGUUUGUUGGGACACCCCCGUUCUACACAAAUAGUAUCUUCCAGUUAGUCAGUCUUAUCAUCAAGGAUCCAGUAAAAUGGCCCAAGAAUAUGAGUGCUGAGUUUAAAGAUUUUCUUCAAGGUCUUCUUACCAAGAAUCCAAGGGGUCGUCUGUCGUGGCCCAACUUACUCCAUCAUCCUUUUGUGGCAGAAAAAGUUCAAGUUUCGCCUUCAUCAAGCUCGGAGUUGCCAGAGCAGCCCUUCACUGAGGAGCCUACAGCCAAACAGAAGGCAGAGAGAGAAAAGGCAUCUCGUCAGAAGGCGAGCAACCUCCCAGCUGGCACCACCAUCAUGCGCAAACUCAAAGGCAGAGAACAGCCACGGGAUGAGUCCCCCAAGAAACAAGAGGCGUGGACCAACAAGAAAGCAGCGGCCAAGCCAGAAACCCAGAAACAAGAAUCCGAGCCCAGCGCCACCGAUCAGAGUGAACCGUGGAACAGCGACAAGCAAGUAGAGCCCACGCCCAGGGAGGAUCGAAUCACCAGAGACUACGCCCAGGAGUUUCCCAGUGUGGAGGUUGAGAGCAGGAAAGUGGUUCGGAGGGAGGGUGGAACCAAGGGGAAGGAUGGGCUGAGGAAGAGCAUUGAACAGGUCAAAUUAACGGAGGAAGAGGAACUGGACAGUGAAGACGAAUGGGACACCUUGUGUGACACGACGAGUCCAGAGUCAUGUGACCCAGAGUCCGUGGUGGCACUUCUGAGGGAUGAGGCCUUUGUGUCAAGGGUCGCAGCCAGGCUGAAGGAUACGUCUGACGACGUGUUGGAAGGGAUGCUAGAGGGCGCUUCAAGACUUCGGCUCGUGCUGAAGGUUGUCAUUAAUAUACUGGCAUUCAAUGAAGAUCUCGAGCUGCUUUCAUCUUUUUGCUCUGCCGUUAAAAUUCCGAAGGCCCCAGUGGACUUGUUGAUUGAGCUCAAAGAGAAGACAAAUGUGAAGAAGCAACCAUGGUGUGUGCAGAUACUGAUGGAUCUUACCACAACUAUCACUGCCUACAUGAUGUCAGACGUUGGAACCAACCUUACACUAAACAGAGUCAAGAGCCUGAUGGAAGUGUCUCUGUCAUAUGCCGAUGUGUUGCCAUGGUUACUGCAUGUUAAACAAGAUGACAAACUCCAGCUGAGGGCUCAGACGAUUGUUUGUUUCAUUUACCAAUGUGAAGCAAUGGACCGAUCUCCAGUUGAGUUUACCACAGGGUUUUAUAGUGGUCUUGCAUCUCACCACGCCGAUAUCAUCCCAGCAUUCCUAGCUUGCCUUAUGGAGGACCCUGCCACUAUGAAAAGACUACAAGGAAGCCUUAGUGAUAGCCAAUCAGAUGAAGUUGCAGCAAGAUGGGAGGAGCUAUGUGGGAUGACUGUUGGAGCCAUUGCAGAACUCGUCUUCCUACCCUUAGGCAUUGAGUCGUGUGUACAGGGGAAGCGCCAGAUGGCUAAGUGUGUUGGAGCCCAACUAUCUAUGAGUAAACAUAAAGAGAUGACACAUAACUACCUCAAGUAUCUCACCAGCCCAGUCCUCUGUGAAAACGCACUCAAGACUGUGUACUUCAGUUGUCAAGUGUCAAAGGAGUUCUGUGAAUAUCUAGCUAUGAAUCAAGACUACAUAGGAAUCUUGUUGUGGAUCUUACAGGGGAAGGUGGAGAUCGAAGACAUGUAUCAGAACACAGUGUAUGAAAUGACGCUACAAACUCUUGCCACAAUCGUCACCCAGUUGGGAGACAUACCACAGUGCCUCGUCCAGACCAGUAUAAUCUUUGCUGCCAUCCUCCUGGAUUCACAAGUUGCCAGUCAAACUACUGCUGCAGCCCUUUUAGUAAGUCAGCUGUUAUACCAUGGUGUAGCAAUAGAAAUGCCUACUGAUGAUCUUCUCGCUGCAGUUCACUCCGCACUCACAGAUCUCAGCCAGAUCUGUGUAAGAUGUCCUUUUGAUUAUGGUGUGCUGGAUGGCCUUCUCCUGCUCCUGUGCCAGUUCUUGAGUGUCGGUCCGAGUGCCGUGAGUCGUCUGCUGAUUGAAUCAGGAGUCUGGCAGAUGCUGUGGCAAAGGCUUCUGCAGAUUCUUGGCGCUGUACAUCCAGACGACCUACCAGUUGAAGACAUGGAUGACGAGUUAGCUGAUUGUGGAGCUAUAGCCUCACCUCCACAGUGGGGUCUCAUCUCACCAUCAGGUCUAAUGGCUGCUCUUCAGAUUGUCACUAUCGUCUUCACUCAGGAACCCUACCAGUGUGUGCCUCUUCUUUGUAGCGCUGAUGGUGUCGUCAUGCUCAGCCUUACCACCUUGGUCUCCAGAGACUUCUUGGCCUACCUUGCUGCCAGUAGCAGCGGAGAGCAAGAUCUAUCCGCCAUGGUCAUUGACAUCAUCCUGAACGUUUCUCAGCUCCUUUGCUUCCCGUUUGCUCUGGACACUCAUGACAUGUUAAUGGAGGCCAUACUGGCCAGCCUACAGGAGAGUCAUAUCAUGACUAGACUCAUCAGUGCUUGUAUGCUACACCUUAAGCCUGAUCAGAUGGAGGUACCAGUUGGUUUAUUGUCUCGCUUUGUACUGAGCCAUGAAGUUUUCAUUACUGAGUUUGCUGAGGCCAUUCCACAAUUAAAGGCGGAGUCUUUCCUUAACUCUUUACUGUCUUCGGACAGUCCCUGUCAAGUCCAGGGAGAUGUACUCACAAUAUGCAGCCACCUCGCUCGCAGCUCAGCGGUACACCUCAUGAUGCUCAAACAGGUGCUACAGGGAAAGAAAGGUGACUAUGAGUGCCUCCAGCAGCUGCUAUCGAGUAAAGACGUAACGGUUCAAGCGAGGGCCUGCGGCAUGUUUGGUAACCUGAUGCGUCAUUCUAAUGGUUUCUACGCUGUACUCAAGAAACGAGAGGAGCUUGCACGAGCUCUGCAAGCCUGUCUGUCAAGCCCUGAAGCAGAUGUCAAAAAAGCUGCCAGCUACGCUGUUGGCAAUGCAGCCUACCAUAGUGCGGAUCUAUAUAGCCAGCUUAGUGCUGCUAUACCAUCCCUAGUCCAACUCUUAAUGGAUCCUAUAGGACGUACUAGAUGUAAUGCCGCAGGCGCUCUUGGCAAUCUUGCAAGACAUUCAUCAAAACUUUGUGCAGCCCUCGUCCAAAACAAGGCUCAAGAACGAUUGCUUGAGAUUGCUUGUCAUGAUAAUCAACACAGUGUGCAGGAGGUGUGCUUGUUAUCUCUGCGCUCGAUGGCCAGACAUUCUCAACUCACCCAGGGUUUGCGGAAACAACACGCCAUCGAGAAGCUAACCCGUCUCUCUGAAGAUGUUCAAUCGGCCGGUCCUACUACCCCAGGCAGUAUUAACUCAGCCAGGAGUGAUAGACAGCACAGUGCCAGGCAGCACAGUGCUAGGCAGAAUAGCGCCAGGGGAAGUAGCGCUUCCGUUAUCUCGCAUCACUGUGCCAAGUUGAUUAUGAUGCUGAAGCGAGGUGGUAGUGCCUCAUAGUUUUACCUUAUGGUUGAAGUGUGGAUGAGUUAAAACUGUUUAUGGUGAGGCAUUAUACGAUUGAGGUUCCAUUAAACACCCAAAUGUUAGAAGUGCAUCUUGAGAAUUUCAGCAUAGAUUAUUCAAAGCAAGAGGUAUGUGAGAGACAUUUGAUAAUGAUGAGGCAAUCACUGACCUGCUUGUGCCUCAUAGUUUUACCUUGAUAGAGCUUAAUGAUAGAACUUAAUGAUAGGACCAUGGUUUGGAAAAAUCAGAAAAAUUGUGAUUAAAUAGCCUGAAAUGUCCAUUACGGCCUACACACUGAUGUUUUCUGCGCCUUGAACACCCAGCAGGGUGGAUACGUGCUCAUUACAAGUCUUAUUAUUAUUAUUAUUAUUAUUAUUAUUAUUAUUAUUAGGUCAGCCCUUGGUUCCCAAGGACUAAAAUCAUAUCAUGCCUGUGAGUAAAUGAGUUAUGGCCUGUCAGUGUCAGAUUCUAACUUUUAGAAAACUUUUUUUUAUGUGGAAGUACAUUCUGAAAUGUAAAAUUUCUCUUAAUUUAGUUUCUUGCCUGCCAGAAAAUUUGUGGAAUGCGUCAGGAUUCUCUUUCUUUUGGUUAACAAGGUGAGAUGGCUGCAGACAGGAAAAUAGAGAAGUAAAAAAAUGCUAAGUUUGUGUAAGGUUUUAUAAUAAACAGUACUAUAUUGUCAUGCCUUGAAGUUUGUGUGUGUGAAAAAUGCAGCUUGGUUUUUUAAUAUUAU